AUGGCCCCGCAAGCUAGUACUGUUCUUCUGCGAUACCUAGAGAAUGGCCACAUCACCCAGCCAGACGUUCCUCCGAACAAGCCCACAUCGGGCCAAGUCUCGGUGUAUGCCACCACCCAAGCCCGGGAUGAUGACAAAUUUACCGCUAUUCAUGGCCAAUGGACAGCUGAUAAGACUGGAGGUGACCAACGUGGCUUUCUCUUGACAGUUACGCCAUUCGAUGACGGUCGUUGUUUCCAGUUCGACCCUACUGGACACAGUGCAAUCGCGACCAACCGAAGCAACACAUUCGGUCCAGGACCCUCGACCACAGAGACACCCAACAGAUGGUGUGGAACCACCAUCAAGCUGAACGACGAAACAGGUAAUCCAUUUCCCAACGGAACCCUCGUCACACUCUAUUGGGUGUGGGAUUGGCCGACAUACGUACCUGGCAAUCCCGGCACCUCCCUGGCUAUAUUGAACGAGACUUACACAUCUUGCAUGGAGGUGGAGAUUGUCUGA